AUGCAAUUGCUAUUAAUAAAGAUUGUUCAAUAUUAAUUGCUGGAUGGUAGAAUUAAAUUAAAGUGUUUGAAUUUAUGCCAAUAGAAAUUGAAUGGCCAUAAAGGUAGUAUCUAAUGUUUGUUAUUAAAUAAUAAUGAAGAUAUUAUUGUAUCUGGUAGUAACGAUAAUUAAAUUAAAUUCUGGUAGAAUUAAAAUGGAUGGCUGUGUUCUUAGACUAUUAAUGAUCAUACACAAAUUAUAAAUGGAUUAAGUUUCAAUGAAUAAUAAAAUAGAUUGAUAUCUUGUGGAGAUGAUAAGUUCAUAUUAGUAAUUGAACAAAAUGAAUAGAAUAAAUAAUGGAUUGUAAUAUAAAAAAUAACAGUAGAACAAUAUGGAUUUAGAUUAUGCUUUAUUGAUAAUGAUACAUUCACAUUCUAACCUUUUUGUAAAGAGUACAUAGAAGUUUUUGAGAUGAAUAAUAAUAAUAAAUAGUAUACUAAGACAAAGGAGAUUCCUGUAAAAAGUGGUUCUGAUAACGGUUUAUUUCCUUAAUAAUAUAUAAGAUCAAAAUGUAUGCUUUUGAAUAAGAAUAGUUCAAUUGUAAGUUUAAUAAGGAGGAAAAAAAAUGGAGAAUUUAUAACCGAGGAAUCUAUUAACUUUGGAACUUCUGCUAUUUAUGGUAAUAUGAGUGAUGAUGGAUAGUAUUUGAUCACUUGGGAUAAUAAAUCGAAAGAAAUUUAAGUUAGAUAAUAUCAGGAGAAUUGA